UUGAAUAAACCUGUCAAUAUUUUACUGUCAGAGUAUCUUUGUAUUAUUUCAAUGUUUGAUUUUAUAGAUAACGUUCGCAAUGAACUUUUACAAGAAUUUAUAGAAAUACUUGAUUUAAUAUCUCUAAGCAGCCUCAACCUGUAUGAUAAAAUUACGGAAAAUCUAAUCGUCAUACUCAGAGCAAAUCUUUGUAAGACUAGAUGUGGAGAUAACUUUUUGGUAUGAAGUAAAGAAGGUUGUAAUAUCCGUUGUAUAAAAUUCAGCAAGUGUAGCCUCAACAGUCAUGGAUGAAGAUGCUGUAAGUAGCUCCAAAAUUCUUAAGAACGAUGAACUGAACGAAAAUAAUGAAGCAAAAGUUUCAGUAGAUGAAAAACAGAGUCAAGAUAAUAUAAUAAGCAAAGUUGAAGAUAAUUUAAAAGAAGCACCAGGUGAACAUCUUGACGAAGAAGAACUUGAUGAUGAGGAACAGAAACAGAAAGACAAAACUUUGCAUGGCUGUGAAGAGAUAGGAAUGGAGGAAAUAGUAGAAGAGAAAAAUGAAGAGGAACAACUAGAUGACGAAGAGAAAACAGAGGAGCAAAAACCUCCAGAAAUGACAGAACAAGUCGAAGAAGAGGAGGAAGGGUAUGUUGAAGAGCCACCACCCGAUCCAGCGGCUCCACUUGAUUUUAGUGAAUCUAAAGAAUUGCUUAAGCCUCAAUUUGAAUUAAGACCGGAUCAAAUAGCAGAAGUAGAACAACUUUGGGAACUAUAUCAGAACUACACGCCUGCAUAUACUGAUAUCGAUGGAUAUAUAACAGAAAAAGAACUUGUUUAUAUGUUAAAAUCUCUUUUGCUUAUGACAUACACCCCUGAACAAUUGCAAGAACUAAUUGCAUUUUGUGUGAAACCCUCGCAUCCACAGGGUCAUAUAAAUUAUGAUCAAUUUUUGAAAAUGGUUACUCUGAGACAGAGAGAUUUUUCUGUUGAAGACGAACUACGUUCUUCUUUGCAAGUAUUUGACCCCGGUAGAACAGGUUCAAUAGACAGGGAAUAUUUGAAAGAAGUGUUAGCGAAACAGGGUCACAAAAUGCCACAAAAACAGUUGGAUAAUCUUAUAAAAGAAGUAGACAUAAGCAAUGACGGCACUAUUGGAAUCGAGGACGUCGUUGGUACCAUGUGCAUAGAUCUCAAUAAAGACGACUUGUUGAUGCUUAUGGCGUCUUUAAAUCCGCCCGACGGAAACGCUAACAAAGAAGAAUCGUAGUCCUAAAAUAAGUGUAUCAAAUGAUUUGAUAAUUCUAAU